UCUGUUCACACCUGAGGACAGUGAGGACAGUUUGCAGUUUGCUGUCUGUUCGGUCUAAUUUUUAUUCUAACAGAGUAUAAACUCUAAAAAAAGAAUUGGACUGUCUGCAUCAAGCCCUCACGAUGUGCAGUAUUAAAUGCAUGUUCAUUUUCUUCAAUGCGCUCUUCUUGGCUUCGGGGGUUGCCCUCAUCACUAUCGGAGUGCUACAGUACUCGACUUACACACAGAUAGGCACUUUUGCAGGGGGCGGCCUGUCGAAAAUUGCUAUAGUCCUCAUUGCAGUGGGUGUCACCAUAGCCCUCAUCUCCCUCUUGGGCCAUGUUGGGGCAUUCAUUAAUAACUCCUCUAUGGUGACUUGUUUCAUCUGCAUCUUGAUAGUGAUCAUCCUUUUGGAGGUAUUCACAGGCGCUGCCUUCUACAUAUUCCGCAGCAGGACUGCCCUCCUGCAGAUGAAUAGUGGUAUCAAUUCCAAAGCACGAGCGGUGAUCAAUGAAUACAGCCCGGGGAACAGACACGCCAUCAACAGAGUUCAGGAAAAGUUUAGCUGCUGUGGUGCAGACAGCUAUGAAGACUGGUCCGAGAGUGUGGGCUGGGAAAACCACGAUGCCGUGCCGGAUUCCUGCUGCGUGGUGAAGAGUGAGGGCUGUGGACAGGACAUGAGCCAUGCACACAAAAAGGGUUGUACCUGGGCUAUCAAGCUCUUUCUGUUGAAAAACCUGGUGUGGGUUGGUGCUGUCUGCAUUGCUCUUGGAGUCGCAGAGCUUUUUGGAGUGUUAGUCGGGGUGUGCCUGUGUCUGGACAUAAAAGGAAAAAACUAUGAAAACUUCAGCUGAUGUGCCAUCGUGCCCAUACACAGUUGUAUUCCUAAAUCAGUGACAGUUUCAGUUUGGUUUUGUUUGUUUCUUUUUUCUUAUUUUUUGGCCAAAUUUAAUCUAUUGUAUUUGCUUCUGGUUUUGACAAAUGGAAAUUGUUUUGUUUAUUAUGGUCUAUGACAAUAAAAACACCUGUUAUAAUAGUAAAUUUCAUGCUUACCAUGAAUAUGUUCAAUAAAUGUGGGAUA